AUGAUGGGUUAUCGAGUGGAAGCACGGGAAGAAAUAUUGCGCAAAGGGACAUGGAUUGAGCAGGAGGAUGUUAUCUUAACCGCCUUUGUCACCGUUUUAGGGGAGAGGCGGUGGGAUCACAUUGCCAAAACAUCGGGUCUCAAGAGGAGCGGGAAGAGUUGUCGGCUGCGAUGGAAGAACUAUCUUCGUCCCAAUCUCAAGCGCGGUCCUAUUAGCCCUGAAGAGGAAAGGAUUGUCAUUAAACUUCACGAGCAAUGGGGCAACAAGUGGUCUAGGAUAGCAGAAAAGUUGCCGGGAAGAACCGACAAUGAGAUCAAGAACUACUGGAAAACCCAUUUGAAGAAGGAAGUGCAAUCUUCGAAACAAGGUUUGUCUGGAGCUGCUUGCCAGGCCCCGCAAUCUCGAAUGAGCAAUAGAAAUCGAGAUUCCAGCUUGCCUAAUGCGGUUUACCAAUGUGAGCGAAAACAGGAAUGCCAAGACCACUUCCCAAUUGCUGAUAGCUUGAAAACCACAGGCAGUUCCUUGAACGUUCUCAGUUUCUCGGACUUUUCAUGCUUGAAUUCUCCAUACGAGAUCCGCUUAUUGGAUUGGAUGUCAGAGUUCGGGAAUGAUGCAAACGAAGUGACCUGUGUGGCCUGUAAACCCUCGGGCUCGUGCUUUUGUUAUCCGAAAUGGGAUUUUGAAGGAGUUGAUAAUUCUAUAUGGAACUGCCCGGGAUGCCUUUGGGAGUAA